GGCGCCAGGCUUGGGCAGUGCGCUCAGAGCCGCCCGGCGCAUCACAGGGACUCUUGCUUACCCCCUUCGCCCUUCUCUUGCUGGAUGGAACAGGAAGAUAAUCAGGGUGUGUGUGAACACCAGACUUCUGAAGACAGAGGCAUGGGUUCUGACUUUGAGAACUCUGAGGACCAGGACCGAGAAGGGGACCCAGAAGAAAGAGGAGUGGGCUCUGAUCCACAGGACACAGAAGAAAGAGGCCACCUGGAACAGGAGGUGGACUCCAACCCACCAGAGGGGCUGCUGAGUGAGGAAGAAGAGGCUAUCUUCCGUGAGGAAGAGGACGACCAGCCUGGUGUGGCUGACAUGGCGCUGUUCCCAGGACUCUCAGAAUCUGACGGCAUAUCCCGGAGUCCCGGAGGAGAGGACGAGGAGGAGGAAGACGAAGAGGAGGAAAGCGCUGGGGAGAACCACUUGAUAGCCGAGGAAGAGCCAUUGCCUACUCCAGUGCUUCCCUGGAGGCGUCACCUCUCCCUGGGCGGUCGACACCGGGGUGACAAGCCUGCUCGUCGCCGCUUCCACCGGCUCCAUCACCCCAUGGCCGUGGACCUCGGGGAACUCGACAGCCUGAUGGCCAGCAUCAUGGACGCGCCCACCAUCUGCCCGGACUGCGGGGAGAGCUUUAGCCCCGGCGCCGCAUUCCUGCAGCACCAGCGCAUUCACCGCCUGGCGGAGGCCGCGGCCGUGGCCAGCCUGGAGCCCUUCGGUUUGGCGGGAGAGUGCGGAGGGGUGGUGGGGAUGAUGGGCGUGGGCAUGGGCGUGGCCGGCGGCUUCGGGGCGGGGCCCACGCUGGCCCGGCCCCCUCGCGAGAAGCCCUUCCGCUGCGGGGAGUGCGGCAAAGGCUUCAGCCGCAACACCUACCUAACCAACCAUCUGCGGCUGCACACGGGCGAGCGGCCCAACUUGUGCGCCAACUGCGGCAAGAGCUUCAGCUGGCGCGCCGACCUGCUCAAGCACCGGCGCCUGCACACGGGCGAGAAGCCCUACCCGUGCCCGGAGUGCGGCGAAGCCUUCAGCCUCAGCUCGCACUUGCUCAGCCACCGGCGCGCGCACGCGGCGGCGGGCGGCGCGGGCUCGGCGGACUCGGCGGCGGCGCUGCGGCCCUUCGCGUGUGGAGAGUGCGGCAAGGGUUUCGUGCGCCGCUCGCAUCUGGCCAACCACCAGCGCAUCCACACCGGCGAGAAGCCGCACGGCUGCGGCGAGUGCGGCAAGCGUUUCAGCUGGCGCUCGGACCUGGUGAAGCACCAGCGCGUGCACACGGGCGAGAAGCCCUACAUGUGCUCCGAGUGCGGCGAGACCUUCAGCGUGAGCUCGCACCUCUUCACGCACAAGCGCACGCACUCGGGCGAGCGGCCCUACGUGUGCCGCGAGUGCGGCAAGGGCUUCGGCCGCAACUCGCACCUCGUCAACCACUUGCGCGUGCACACCGGCGAGAAGCCCUUCGGCUGCGGCCAGUGCGAGAAGCGCUUUAGCGACUUCUCCACGCUUACGCAGCAUCAGCGCACGCACACCGGCGAGAAGCCCUACACAUGCUUCGAGUGCGGCAAGAGCUUCAUCCAGAGCUCCCACCUCAUCCGCCACCGGCGCAUCCACACCGGCAACAAGCCUCACAAGUGCGCGGGCUGCGGCAAGGGCUUCCGCUACAAGACGCACCUUGCGCAGCACCAGAAGUUGCACUUGUGCUAGGGAGGGCAUCCGAUCUGGCUACUGAUCUGUGGAUGUUGGGGGAAGGGGCUGGAGCGACAGCCUGAGAGUGUCUGAGGGAGCCUUUUGGUGUUUGGCACCCCACCCCCCAAGGGGACCUACCUCCACCAUCGAAGUAACUCUUAGAAGAUGUGCUUGACUUGGUAGCUUAGUUAAAUACACCCUGCAAAGAGUGUAGACUUUGGGUGAGCACACGUUUUGAGGAACCCGAGGAAAGGCGUUUGGGGCUGCGUAGAGAGGGUUGAGAGGGUUAGGCUGACGCGUUUGAGAGAACCGGGAUAGGUGAUUUGUUUGGAGUUACAGGGGUACAACAAAACGCGGGUAGAAAUAAGGCUGUCACGCUCCCGGGGUGUGGUAAGCCUGUGUUUGCCCUGACACCUCUCAUAUCAGCUAUAGUACAACCCUUCUCAUUCCUAUAGAAGAGGUUGUUUAGUAUCCACUUCUCUUUCUAUGAGCCCCAGCUGCUGUUUUGAGACAUCCAGGGGAAAUCGAGCAGAAAAACUGCACAGUUACUUCAAAGGGCAAUCUUUGAUUUAGAAAUUCACAUAAAUUGGUUCUCAGAUCUCUUAGGAAAUCCUGCACCUGUUUCUUCGCUAAUUCUUGAAACUACUCAAGCUUCAUGUAGGAUCAGGGGUGCCUAGGAAUGGCCUAUGUAAAUCUCAGUUCAACUUGGAGAGUAGGUUUCAGGAGAAAGGUAGACUGUCAACAGUCGCCUCAGAAACCUGUUCACAAAAGUCAACCAGCUAGCCCAGUUUUGCUGGCAUUGUGUAGAACAGGGAAGCUGAGUUCGUUGGAUGGGUUGCCUUCAUUUGCAUGUGUGUGCCUGACCCCAGGAACCCCAACUUAUACACAAAUUAAUGAGGGAUUUGAUCCAAACAGGAGUUUCCGUCCUGCCCGCCCCCCCUCACCCCCUUUGAUAAGAGACACGGAUGUACACGUGGAGGGCGCAGUCAGGGAGAGGUGGAAACAGAAAAUUGCCAAAUAGCACAAACAGUGAAUGUUUUCUAAUUCUACAAGAUGCCAAAAUAGCACUUUUGUAUUGAACAGAGUGCUUUAUGCUUUUUAAUGACUGUUAGUGUUUCUCACAUGCCUGUGAGAUAAAUCAGUAUUGAAAACUGUGAUUUGGGAAAAGUCUGGGGAAGGAGCAUGGCAAGCCUUUCAAAGAAAGGCCGAGGACCAUGAAUGGCCGAGCCUGACCUUUUGUGUUCUCAAGCUCAGUUGCUAGGAUGACUUACGUGCUCUGAUUUAUAUAAUAAAGCAAGAAGACUGAACAUUCUUA